GACGGGCUGCCAGGGAUAGAAUGGCUUUUUUGGGGGGCGAAAUUGGCUGAAGGUCAGCAAUGUGUUCGGUACUUCCAGAUGCGCUCCUGAAUAUGAAGUUGUAUCUAAAUCGGUAUGCUUGAGGGCCAGCGAGGUGGGAGCCAGCGUCAAAGUUUUGAUAAACCCAACCAGCAAACAGUUGGCAAACCGCUCAGGAUUGGGUCAGCCCCCAUUAAUUAUUAUUAGCCUCUUCCCGUCUUUAGCGCCGAUGAAGAUCCCUUGACCUGAAGCCACGAUUAUUGGCCAGGUACUGUACAUACAUGUACAGUACAAGCCUUGUCAGGAAUGCAAGGGAACGCUGAAACUUUGGGGCCUGUAUCGGAACAUGGGAGCUGGCACUUUCUUCCUCAGCACGGCUUCUUAUAUCUCGACACAAAGUGCUGUUAUCCACUUUCUAGUCUGCCUCUUGUCAUUUUUGUGCAGCCAGCAUGCCCUCUACCUUCCGCGGACGGCGUUAUGUGAUCGCUGGGAGCCUCGCUGCUUUUAUAUUCUUCACACUCUGUUGGCAUUCCCGACAAAACAUUGUCUUCCAGGGCCCGAGGAGUGCGCCUCAAGAAGAUGCCCCUUAUCAAGAGCAUCCAGCCCAAAAUGAGGACCAUUCCCCCAAGCCCGCUGAUAGUCCAUCUAUGGCAUUGUCUCCUCCCGGAGAUUACCUACCAACGUCAAGCGCGCCACAUCAGGAUCGUUUUUGCGCUGAACGAUUUGACCUUGAGUACUUGAAAAAUCUAGCCAAGAGUCAGACUAGCUAUUGUGAUGCCGGCUCUGCGUCAAGCAUUACCUGUUUUCAUAGUCAGAUCGAUCCAGGAGGGCGAACAGAUUCAUUCUGUAUUUCAGGACCCGCGAGCUUCGACCACAGCCAAAAGAAAUUCAUUCUAGAUUGUUCUCUCAGAUCAUUAAGUGAUGAGGAGUCAAGGCAGGGCGUGCCGGAAUUUGAGCAAUUUCCGGCAUACUGGUAUGGGACGGGGCCGCAUCAAAUAUUCAAUAACUUUGUGCGUUUUGACCGGAAAGAAAAACCUUCCCACAAGCUUCCGCAUGGACGACGGAAUUUUUCGAUCCUCAUUAAACGCGAAGAUAGUCACUAUAACGUUUUCCAUUCUCUCAUGGAAAUUAUUGGCCUCACCUUGACGUUGGACACCAUGAGGAUGGCUCAAAAUAAAGCCGUGAGCCUCCCAUUUUUUAUGCCAGAGGAUAUCGCCAAUACCCAAGUUAUUAUUUUGGAUGACCUCCUGGACGGCCCUUACUUUGAUCUGUGGAAACUCUUUGCGAAGCAGCCAACGAUCAGAUUGAAGGACAUAUCAGCCACCGCACAGAUCAACCUGGACAACAUCAUAGUUCCCUUGCCAGGAGGGGGUAGUCCCUUUUGGCAGAACCAUUGGGAACCAAUUCAAUGUGAACAGUCGGAGCUUCUGCAAACCUUUGCCAAAAGAGUGCUCAACUUCUAUAAUAUCCGAGACGACCCUCGCCCUGGGGAUAGCCCGCUUGUGCUCACGUUCAUAGACCGUAGAGAAAAAAGGCGCUUGAUCAAUCAGGAGCGAUAUAUCGAACGUCUAAAGGCCAAAUUCCCAGCUGUUGAGGUUAAUCUAGUUGACUUGGCUGCGCUGCCCUUCAGGGAGCAAAUAAAACUUGUUCGUCGCAGUGACAUCCUCGCUGCCGUGCAUGGGGCAGGCCUGACACAUGGGAUGUUCCUCCCGCCGCAUUCCACAAUCGCCGAAAUACUUCCUCCCCAAUUAAAACACAAAGGUUUCCGGAACCUUGCCAAAAAAAUGGGACACAACUACUUCAGCAGCCAUGCGGCGGAACAUAAGACCAAUGACUCGAAGAAUGAUUGGCAGUCUGACGACGUCUUUAUUGAAGAGGAUCGCUUUAUGAAUCUAUUGGAAAUCGCUUUGAAGAGCAUGUACAACAGAGGUUUGCGCGAUCAAGAUGUCAAUUGAUUCUCGGUGGGCGAAGUUCGCUCCAGAGACGAAACUCAUGAUCUAUUCCUAAGUGCAAAUGUUGGUGGUUAAUUCAUUUGCAUCUUGGUUAGUAGCAGGGACUGGGACAAUGAAAAAGGACUCCUGUCUAAUCCUAAGCUCGAGCUUCGGUUCAGGCGGAGAACAAUCGCGUGUGAAAAUGGGCGGGCGGCUCUAGGCACACCCUGGACAUCCAUGGAUAUUCGCAGGAAUGAGCUGUAUUGGACGUACUGUAGAAUGUGCAAAGAGCGGUGACCCGUUAAUUUCUUUCCGCGACGCGUCGAAUAGCACUUUCGGCGUGGAGCUGGAGUGGAAGCCUUAAGACGGAUGUCUGGCUUCUCCUCGGUCAAAUUUUAAUUUUAGUUGUUGUGCUAUCAUAUCCGUCAAUGCAUUGAUGCCAGCAAUGCACUGGAAAUAGGUGGAUGCAAAAGUAAUGUCAAAUACUGUAUAUAAAUUUGCAGGACUAUGUUAGUUGUUCGCAACCCCAUGUAUUUUAUAGUAACUGAAAUACGGCCUCAAUGCGUCAACACACUUGCCAAACUCCUCAGGCUGUCUCUUCAGUCUUUCUCGUCACCUAUCCGUCUCCGCUAGGUCCAAGGUUCUCAGCGAUCCCUUCAUAUAUGGGUAUAAGGCAUCCUAACCCUAGCGCUACUUUUGAAGCAUCGUACUCUCGAAAAGGGAAUUUCCUCAAACGCUCUUCUAAGGCAGUUAACUACCUUCAGGACGACAAGAUACAUGCCAGACACUUAUCAUACAUUAGCAAUUGUGGGUGCUGUCACUGUCACUAAGGGCAACCGAAGGCUGACAGAGAAAGCAGAUUCAGGGGGCCUAACCGUGCCAGGCCGGUCCGUGAAACCUCUGACAGGAGACUUUAUGAACUCCAGAAUCGUCACGCUGAACAGUAUUUGGCUUUGACCGAGAUUGUUUCAGCCAGCAGGGUUUGAUACCCCUACAAAGUCACCUUUCCACCCCCAUGGCUCUACCACCUUGACAUGGGAGCUCCCCUCUCUGCUUCGAAAUGUCGCUGAUGCUGCUUCGAUUUCAAAGCUACUCCAUACUAUUGUUUCAACGACCCACCGUCCGAGCGCACGGUAGGGUACCCGAGCAUUCGUAGGAAUUAUUACGGAGUACAUGUUUAUCUAAUUGAUUAUGAGGUGGUGAGGAAAUGUGAAUGGUAC